CGAUAUCUACGCCUUAAUUUAAUUCAAUCAAUUGAACAAAAUGCGCAUCUCCAAUAGUCUUUUUACGACGCUUGCAUUGGCGAGUGGUACAAACGCAACCAAUUUCACCGGCGACAAGCUUAAUAAUGUGCCGGUCAUUUCGUAUCUUAAUCUAUCGGAUGUUCCUGCCCAGACAGUAUCAAGAUACUAUCUCAGAGUCGGAGAGCUGAAUGGAGGAUUGCCCGUUCAUGUUCCAGUCUUUGUUGCUCGCGGAACCAAUGACAGUCUGCAAACUGGGAAAAAGCUGUCACUGUCUGCUGCAAUUCAUGGCGACGAGCUAAACGGCGUUAGAGUGAUUCAGAGGAUCUUUGAGCAACUGCAAGGUCAAGUAGAUACUCUUAAUGGAACUGUGAUUGGAAUUCCAACUGUUAACCCACUAGGAAUUUACUUGAAUCAACGUAACUACUUCACAGCUGGUGAUUCUGGAUUCUUCACAAACGUCAACCGAGUUUUCCCUGGAAAACACCCAUCAGUAGGCGGCAACGGCGCACAGCUCCUGGCAUACAACAUCUGGAACAACAUCUGGGGCAACACCUCGCAAGUAGAUGUAGGACUAGAUCUCCACACCCCAAGCUCCGGCGACGAGACAUCACUAUGGUGCUACUCCGACUGGCGCCUCCCUUACGUCGAGCGGCUAUCCAAGCUCCUCCAGCCCGACACCCUCAAGAUCGACCCAGGCGAGAAAGGAUCGAUCGAAACCACCUUCGUGGAGAACAAGAUCCCAUCCAUAACCGUCGAGAUGGGACUCGCCAAGUUCUGGAACGAGACGCUCAUAGAUCGGGUCUUCGACUUCGUCAACCGCGUCAUGGACGACUUGCAUAUCAUCCCAUCAAACGCCACAGAACCGUACCAGCCGGAUCUAAGCAAUACGUACAUCAUCAACACGUUCGAAGACACGCACUCUACAUACGGAGGCUUCGUCGAGCAAUUGGUGCAUGCGAAUGACCCCGUCACUAAGGGCCAGGCCAUAGCGAACAUCCGGAAUCCUUUUGGCGAUAUCCUAGAAACUAUCUACUCCCCGGCCGACGGCCGCAUGUUCCAAAGCCCACGCGACCCUAGCAUUGAACCAGGAGGCAGUGCAGGAAUGAUCGCGUACAACUCGACUGAUCCGGAGUGUGCCGACGGCUGUGUCUUGUAAAUAGAUCCCCCAAAAGGAGGAAUUUGAUCAAAGCAUGAUCAUUCUCCGCUACUUGUAUAUAG